AUGAAUGCCAGGAAAGAGGGAUUGCCCCUAAAGAUGCUCUUUUCAGACCAGCAUCCACAGGUCCGCAGGUGGCUGGGCCCUUUCAUCCUUGCUUGCUCCAUCUACUUCCUCCUCUGGAUUCCAAAGGAGCAGCCGUCCUGGGUCAGUGCCCUGGUCAAGAGCCUGCCAUUGCUCAGCCUGGUUGUGUUCCUGGGGGCUGUGGCCUCAGGUGGAGCCUACACCUGGCUCCUCCAGGGAGCCCUUGUUUGUUCGGCCAUGGGGGAUGCCUGCCUCAUUUGGCCCCAGGCCUUCCUUCAUGGUAUGGCUGCCUUCGCGGCUGCCCACUUUCUCUACUUCUGUGCCUUUGGUCUGUCUCCCCUGCGACCAGGCUUGUUGCUGCUCAUCGUCCCUGUCUCUGUGGCGUACUACAGCCUCCUCCUGCUGCACCUUGAGCCGGAUAUGGUCCUGCCUGUGGGCGCCUAUACCCUGAUCCUGAGCGCCAUGCUGUGGCGCAGCCUGGCUCAGGGUGGGAGCGCCAGUUGGGGUGCUCUACUCUUCACCUUCUCGGAUGGCAUUCUGGCUUGGGAUACCUUUGUGCAGUCCCUGCCUUAUGCCCGCCUGGUGAUCAUGACCACGUAUUAUACAGCUCAGCUUCUCCUUACCCUGUCAGCCCUCUGGAGCCCAGGCCUCAAGACCCAGUGAUGUAAGAACCAGACAGCUGGGCGUCCACUCCUUCCUUUCCCUUCUCUUCCCCUCCCCUCCUCUCCCACAAGGACUUGGGCCUUCCACACUGAUCUGGCCUGGGAAGCCCUCAGUUGCAAAUACUUCUGCUGACCAGUUUAGAGAUGCCAGACCACAUCAAGGUAUUUGUAUACUGUUGGCAGAAUUCCAAAGUCAGCCCUGACUUCAAGCUGCCUUCCUAGGGUUGUGACUCUGGGUUCCAGGCCCCUCAACCUGACCUGUAUCCUGUG